AUGAUAAAUGAAGAAGAAACCAACUAUUUUUACAUUUUUCAAAUUGGAGAUUAAAUUACAAGGAAAAAAGUCCUAACUGAUUAUCCAUACUCUAAAAACUAAGAAAGAAAAUUAUAUAUUCAAAGUGAUUACUUAUACAGAGUUACAAAGAAGAAUGAAUAUAACAAUUAAAACUAAGUGGAAAUGUUUCAAUAUGAUUCUCAAACCCUUGAAUUGACUAAAUUUACAACAAUAAAUAGCUAAUUUUUUGUAGAUAACGAUUUCACUUUAUAAUAUUAAGAUUACUAAAAUAUUUAAAUUUUGGAUUUCAAAUGCAGCGACACAAAUUAACUUAGUUUCUUAGACGAAUUGCAAAAUAUUGUAUAACUAUAACGUGAUAGUAACGAAUGGACAUUAAAAGUAGACAAGUGUAAGUAUAAAAUUCAUUCCUACGAUAUUGAUUUCAUCUCUAACAAAUACAUGGGAGUUGGAACAACAUUUCUCUAUUAUUCUUAUUGGGAUUCCAAAGAAGAGUUCUCCUUUGAUAUCAGUAAAUACACUCCAUAUUUUAAUGAUUACGGUACCAAUCUGGCUUCCUCUGAAUCCUUAAAAAAAGUGCUUGAUGAAGAAAUUACAUUUAGUAAACAAGGUGAUUUUUCAUAAGUCUUGAUUGAUAAAAAACUUAAUGAAUUAUUUUCAAUCUAAGGAAAUCGAGUUUUACGCUUCAAAAACAAUUACAUGGUUGAUUUAGUCUACCAUCCUACUGAUGAGGCAGACCUGAAUGUCUACUAAGCAUGGGUAAAAUAUAAAGGUUGCACUUUGAAUAUUGAAUAUUAAACUAUAGCCUCUGAUAGCGAAUAAUUGAUAUAAGUACGAAAAGAGGAAUUUAUGUUUUACCAUCCAUUCUUUGCUUCUACAUUUUUUAAAUCCAAUCGCUUUAAUAGCCCGGUUUUGGGACCAAACAUAAGUAUUGCUAUUUUAGACGAAAAAGAGAUGAUGUCGGAUAAUUUUUAUUAACAACAUUCUGAAAAAGUUAAGAUAGAUAUCGAACUUAUAACAAAUUAUGUAUUCUUAGAAAUGGUUGACUACACUUAAAAUUUUUAUACGAAAUUUAUAGUGAUAUCCUAAGAUGAUAAAAUGAAACUCACGUUCUAAUUAUGUCAAUAGAAAGAAUAUAAUUAUUAUUCAUGUUCAAAAGUUUUAGAAAGUUAACUAGAUUAUAAAUUAACAAAAGAAAGCACGUGCAUCUCAAGCUAUAAGUAAUAAAUUUCCAUUUCUACUUUGAUAUCAUCAGAAUAAUUAUAAUACAUUAUUUAUCAGGAUCCUAAUCAUUUUACAACUUAUUCAUAUACUUUGGAUAAAGAACAAGAAAUAGAUACAAUUGCAUAUUUUACAUUUACUUUAGUGCUAUCCUCAUCGAAAUAAUAGGUCGUAUAUUUCUACUCACUAAAUGUGGAGAUGAACUUUUUAUACUCAUUUUCAUCCAAAGAUUAUGAAUUUAUUAAGCCUAGUAAGCUAUUUUAUUAGUAGUAAGAUAUUGAAAAGGAUGUUGUUCAUUUGCUUUACUUGUUUAAUAAAUAAGAUUAAUUAUUAGUUAUUCUUUAUUUAAACUUUAACUUACAUUAUGUUGUCAAUUAGAUUUAAUUAAAAGAUGUUGAAAACAUCUCAGUUUUCGUUGGAUACUAUUAAUUUGUGGUUGUUUAGGAGAGAAAAAAUACCAAUCAUGAGAUUUCAAUCUAUCAAUUUUAGGACGAAUGUAAUAUAAUCUUUGAAAAGUCUAUACCCCUAUAUUCGUUUGCUAUUGAAAACAUAAUUGAGAAUACUUUAUUCAGUUCAUAUAUAAAAAGUGUCUUUGUUAAAAGUAAAGAUAGAUUGUUGAUGUAUCUAAUUAACAAUCCUAGUCAUAAUACUUUUUUUAAUGAAAUUAGGAUUGAUAAAGAUGUGAAUGAUAUAUUUACUAUCGGGAGGUAUUUAUUAUUUGCUUAAGAUUAAGAAGUCAUAAUGUAUGAUAUUUAUCCCUAGUUCUCCUUUAAUUAUAAGGUUAAUAUGAACAAUGAUAUAUUUGUUCAAUAUAACCAAACUCAAGUGUUAUUUUCAAAUGAUAAAAGCAAACUGAAUAUAAAAUAGAUGUUCAAGUAUCUCAACAUGAAUACCAAAAUCGAUGUUUACCCUGAAAAACUCAAAAUAGUGACCAAACUUGAUGAGGCGUACUAAGACAAUUUUGUUCAAGAUAUGGGAUCUGAUUGGUACUCAGGAUAAGUUGUUCUAUUCCAUUUCCUAAAUAACGAAGUUGUCGAGAAUAUAUAGAUCAUUUAACCUAUCAAUGAGACUGAACAUAUAUUUUAUUAUGCUUCAAGAUCAAUUAAGCACUAUGAUGAUACUACAUUUUUCAUUCUUUUUGAACAAAACUAUAGUUUGGUAGACAAAGCAAAUGGAAAUCUGAUUAAAGAGUUCAAAUUCUUAGAUAAAGAUUUAAAGUGCAAAUCAAUUCUUUAUGGGUAGGAUUAAAAUUUUAUAGUUUCUUGUAGCAAAGGUAGGUAAGAAAUUGUAUUUGGAAUCAGUUGCAAGAAUCAAGAUUGCUAGAAUAGUAAAGGCCUUCUAGUUGAUAAUUCUUUGAAUAAAGCAUUCUAUAUUGAAAACAAUAUGUUUUUGGUAGGUUAAUACAAUUUAUUCGUUUUUUGGGUUAAAGAAUCGUUAUUAAAAAUCGAAGCAGCUCAACUUAUUGGUGAAAUAAAGAUUGAUUCAGAUUAUUAUUCAAACACAAUAGUGAAGAUUAAGCCCAACCAUUAUCAUUUCUAUUAAUUUAAUACAUUUAGGACAUUAAAGGUAAAAGAGUUGAAGAUAUAAGAUGAUAGGUUGAUUAUAUUUAAUACAUUUGCGAUUAAUGUUGAAGAAUAUUUAAAUCGCGAGUAUUUUAUGAAUAAAGAGCUUGUUGAAAUUGAAGUAUUAUCAACUAGUCUAGAGGGUGAGCUAUUACAAGGGAAAUAUUUGUUUUUUGCCUAAGAGGGUGCUCAUUAUGGAAUGAAUUAUAACUUCACUUGCAACGAUCUAGGAUGUCAAGUAAAAGAUCAAGAAGUUUUUGCAGUUAUCUAAGGUUAUGAGGGCUUUUGGUUGUUUGAGAAAAAUACUCCCACUAUAAGUUUAUAGAAUGACUUGCUAUUAAUUUUAUAUCAGAGUAUUGUAGGAAAUAGUAAAAUUUUGGCUGCAUAUCGCCUUCCAUAGAAGUAUCAGAAAAAUGUUCCCAUUAUAUUUUUUGGAGCACUAGAAUUUUUUGCUCAAUUAUAUAAAAUAGAAAAAUAAUUGACAUCGUAUAAAUUAAAUAAUAAGGAAUAUAUAUUGUUUAAUAAUUAUGACAUUAGUAUACUGACAAGGUAUGAAGUUAAUCCUUCUCCGAAGAUAGUUUACAACGGAAUCAUGAAGGAAAAUUUCUUAUGUCUUUCAGUUUAAAAUCAUUUCAGUAAGGAACUGUUAUAUUUGGAUAUUGAUAUUAAGCCAUCAGAGAAAUCUUACCUUUGGCUUUGGAUAUUGUUGGGCGUUUUAGGAGGGCUGUUGUGUGUUGGAAUAGGAGUCUAUUUUUAUAAGAAUAAGAAAAAGGUUGAUACAUUAAUCUGA